AGUUCCCUCCUCCUCCUCUCUGCAACAGCUCUUUGCAGCCUUCCAAAAGGUUUAGGCUUUAGCAGGAGGAGAUGAGUAUUUGCUUAACUGCUGCUUGAGUGAGCUGAAAGCCACUGUUGAGUCAAUCUCAGCUACACUCUAGAUAAGCUGCGAGCACAAUACUAAACCUGAGCCAACUCCUCGGACAGGCUCAUUGAUAGUUUUAAAUCUGGAACUAUGAAGAUCAGAAGCUAUGCUGGUAUUACCAAACCCAGCUUUUUGCUUGUGCAUCCAGAGUUACCAGCACUUACAUCUCGUAAUCCCCAAUUUACUUCUUUAUUCACGCUCCGAAUCCCUUGUAACCGUGAGAAGUUGACUGGGAUGAUUACAAGGUCUCAGUAUUCUGUUGCUGAUAGAAGGUCGGCAACUAGAUAUGGGGAUUCAUCUGUGUCAAAUAAAAACACCAAUCGUCUGGGUCGGAGACAAGGAGGUUCUUCAUCAUUAUAUAGUCGUCCUAGUCUAUUAGAUAUGAAGAAUGAUAGGAUGGAAAAUCGUGCGCGAGUUUAUGAGUUCUUGCGAGGGAUUGGUAUUGUCCCCGAUGAGCUUGAUGGGUUGGAGCUUCCUGUUACAGUUGAAGUUAUGAGGGAACGUGUGGAUUUUCUUCACAAGCUGGGGCUUACAAUUGAAGACCUUAACAACUAUCCACUUGUUCUAGGCUGCAGUGUGAAGAAAAACAUGAUUCCUGUACUUGAUUAUCUUGGAAAAUUGGGUGUUAGGAAGUCCACUUUCACAGAGUUCUUGAGAAGAUAUCCACAAGUCCUGCAUGCUAGUGUUGUUAUUGACCUUUCACCAGUGGUCAAGUAUCUUCAAGGAAUGGAUAUCAAACCUGAUGAUAUUCCCCGGGUUCUUGAAAGAUAUCCAGAAGUCUUGGGAUUCAAGCUUGAGGGGACCAUGAGCACUUCAGUGGCUUAUUUAGUCGGAAUUGGGGUCGCAAGAAGAGAGAUUGGAGGGGUGUUAACUAGAUACCCCGAGAUUUUAGGGAUGCGUGUAGGUAGGGUGAUCAAGCCUUUUGUUGAGUAUCUUGAAGAUUUGGGUAUUCCAAGAUUAGGCGUGGCUAGACUGAUAGAGAAGCGGCCUCACAUCCUUGGAUUUGGAUUGGAGGAGAGGGUGAAACCAAAUGUUCAAUCUCUUUUGGAGUUUUGUGUUCGAAAAGAAUCACUUGCUUCUGUAGUGGCACAAUAUCCUGAGAUAAUAGGAAUUGAUCUAAAGCCUAAGCUUCUCAGUCAACAAAGUUCACUCAAGUCAGUAAUUGAUUUGAGUCCUGAGGAGUUUGGCAGAGUUGUUGAGAAGAUGCCUCAGGUUGUUAGCCUCAGUGAUAGACCUAUGAUGAAGCAUGUAGAUUUCCUUAAGAAUUGUGGAUUCUCCUUGGAACAAGUGAGGAAGAUGGUCGCAGGGUGCCCUCAAUUGCUUGCCUUGAAUCUUGACAUCAUGAAACUUAGCUUCGAUUUCUUUCAAACAGAGAUGCAAAGGCCUUUGGAUGACUUGGUUGAUUUCCCGGCGUUCUUUACUUACGGUCUGGAAUCUACUAUAAAACCAAGACAUAAGAUGGUUUCAAAGAAGGGAUUGAAAUGCUCCCUUGGAUGGCUUCUUAAUUGCUCUGAUGAUAAGUUUGCACAACGGAUGGACUAUGACACUAUUGAAAUGGAGGAGAUGGAGUUGUUGCCAUCAUUUGAUAUGAAUACACUCACAGAACCCAGGAGCGACGAUUCGGGUUCAGACUACGAUGACAGUGAUGAUGAUUAUGUAUAGAAUGAUCACUCAAUUUCAGGGAAUCACCUUCAAAAGUUUGGCUUUUCAAUUUGGGGUUUCCUGUAAAUUUUAUGGAUGUUAUAUUUAUGAAAGUAAAUUUCUUUAUUUGAAGCAUUUUUACACA